GCUUCGACCGGCAAAACCUCGGCCCUCCGGUUCCUUGCUAGAAACUGGAGCACUCUCUCCCGUCCCCCGAACCUCACAACCAACCUCAAGCUGGUCAUCGAACCGUUUGCCAAUCGAAACCCACCACCCCCAAAUCUCCCCUCCACCGUCUACAGACGUCGCCAAAUAUGGCCUCCAAGGCAAUUGCGAAGGCUGCGGCAGGCGGUCUCGUGGAGAUCUCCCAGAAGCACACCCUCCAGUCCACAGGCAUCUGGGAACGCAUCCGCCGCUCCCUGGCCAUCGACCCCAACCGCUCCUCCGGCGUGCCCUUGAACCCGACCUUCCGCAACCCGGCACCGGGCGCCAACGACCCCCUGGCCUACGACGACCCCGUCACCGUCCCCGCGGGCGACAUCGCCGACAACCCGUACUGGAAGCGCGACGCCCGCCGCAACUACCCGGCCAUCAGCGUCGUCAACCAGGCCGACGUCGUGGGCCUGCUGGCCGUCGGCUCCGCUGCCAACCCGCGCGUCGAGCUCAUCGGCGAGGCGGGCGAGAAGGCGCUCGUCGCGGCCAAGGAGGAGGGAAAGACGACGGGUAUCGCGGCUUACCUCGAGAAGAACGCCGCGCAGGGCGCCGUCGAGGCGAGCAAGGAGGCGCUGUUUACGAAUGGGUUGCCGCCGACGCCGAGUGGUGAGGAUUUGAAGAGCGGAAAGUGGGAUGUGCACAAGUACAAGGUCAACGAGGAGCAGACCUACGGUGAAGGCUACCCUUGCCGGACUUUUGCUUGAGCAAUUUGGAAAUCGAGGGGUUCGCUGUACAGUGUGGAGAGAGGAGGGACAAUUGUAAAUAUGAAGGGCACUAGAUUCCAUUGAAACGUUUUUCUUUUCUUCACGUUCACGUCUAGAAGAGUCGACCUCUCCAGGUCUCUAAGCUACUCUGUUCGUCUGUUGGGUAUCUCACCCCCGUUUCUCAUGAUGUAGCCGUCUUCAAAAUCUGAAACGACCAUCGACAAAAACCGCCCAAUAUGUUGUCUUCCUUGAUUAGACAAGAAACAACAAGAAAAGAAAAAAAGCUCCUUCAAAUCUCCUUGGUCUCCGGGACCUUUACAUCGCCAGCAGCAGCAGCAGGAGCCUCCGGCGCAGAGACCACUUCACCCGUCAUGCGCUCAAUAAUCUUGACUUUGCCCUGCGCCCUCUUCAACCUGUCGUCAAAGUCGUUUACGGCGUCGUCGCUGUUCUCUUUGGAGAGCGUGUCCGGCUCGACCAGCGCAAACGCCGUCGUGACGUUCUUUUCUAGUCUCGCGUUGGGCGCCAGCGGCGGUAGGGAGCAGGUCUUGUUUUGUGACUCUGAUGGCGGCUCUGUUGAUGGUUGAGGUUGAUCGGCCGAGACCGAGGAAGCUGAAGCCGAAGCGCCGGACGGCUUCGUUGUGGUGCUGCUGUUCUUCUGGGGGAGGGAAAGUCUGUUUGCCCAAAUAACAGCACGGGCGUGUAUCCUGCCGCUCUCAUAGAAUUUCUCGUAGCCCUUUGCGAGGCCGACGGAGCGGCCCUCGAUUUUGCCCGCUUGGAUGCCGUCUUCGGUGCCUUGGCGGAAGCCCUCUGAGAAGAAUUGGUCUUCUAGCGUGAGGACGUCGUCGAAGGGGUCGAGAGACAUGGUUGGUGAUAUGUCUUUUAUAAAAUGGAGGAAUGAAAUUUGAAUCCUUGCGUUCUAGCCCUUGAAAGUUGUUUCCAGCUGUCAGUCGUAGUGAGU